AUGAGUGACUCUGACAAUACUAAUAAAGAAAUUAAGUCAUAUGAACAUCCUGAAAAACCACUUUCAAAAAAAAAGCAAAAGAAAUUAGCGAAGAAAGAAUUAAAAAUGAGAUUAUGGAAAGAGACAAGAAGUGAAAUGAGAAAAGAAAGAAAAGAAAGGGCAAAGGAGAGAAAAAAAGAAAUGAGAGAGAGUGGACAAUAUAUUCCUCGAAAGAAGAAAAGAACAACAGAAAAUCUUGAGAUUGGAGGGAAAGUUAUUAUAGAUUGUGAUUUUGAUGAUAAAAUGAAUGAAAAUGAAGUAAAGUCAUUAUUUAACCAAAUUCAAUUAUUAUAUGGUGCUAAUUGGAAAUAUGAACAUCCUUUAGAAAUUAGAUGUAUUGGAGUUAAUGGAAAACUCAAAGAAUUAAUUGAAAAAAGAGAAGCACAUAAAUGGAAAUUAAUAACAUUUGAAGAAAAAAAAAUUGAAGAAAUUAAAAAUGAAGUUCAAUGCGUUUAUCUUGCAGCAGAGAGUGAAACAGUUAUUGAUAACUUUAAUAAAGAAAUAAAUUAUGUAAUUGGAGGGAUUGUUGACCAUAAUAAAUUUAAACGAUUAUGUGAAAAUAAAGCAAAUUCAUUAAAUAUUUCAACAGCUCGACUACCAAUAGAACAGCACAUUGAGUGUAUUGGAAGAAAAGUAUUAACAGUAAAUCAAGUUUUUGAAAUCAUUGGUGAACAAUGUCAAACAAAUAAUUGGGAUACUACAAUACAAAAAAUACUUCCACAAAGGAAGCAAGAAGUGCCACCCAAAAAUGAGCCAAAAAGUGAUGAAGAGCUUUCAUUGUAA